CUAAAAAUUAAAAAUCAGGGUAGGGCUAGCAAAGAUCUGGGUCCAGGGGGUGGAGUAGGGGAAGGCAUGAGGAACUCAUGCUGGUGCGAGGUUGUCCUCACACUUCAAUGCGAAUAGGAAUCACCUGGGGUCUCCCAGCUACGAAGCCGCGGAAGCCAACUGUGAUUGUCGGUCUGGGCAGGGACUGAGAGUCCUCGUGUCUAACAAGCUGCACCCGAGGCCACUUUACUCAGCAAGGGCCUGGCUGGCUGGGGAAAGGAGACAGCCGGCACCUAUAAGAGGGCUGGGAGGGGUCGCCCUCUACUCCGCAGGAGUCAGCCUCACAGCUCCUACAGCGCCAUGGAGCCCAACCCCGGGCUUUUCGUGUGCUUGCUUCUCUUGGGGAGCACAGAGCUGUGCUGCCCCCAGCCCCUCGGGCUCUUGCAGGGUGGAGCCCGCCCCCCUGUGCCCUCCCUGCCGCCCGUACAGGUGCAGUGUCUGGAAGCCCAGCUGGUGGUCACGGUCAGCAGAGACCUCUUUGGCACAGGGAAGCUUGUCCAGCCCAGCGACCUCACCCUGGGCCCCGAGGGCUGCCGGCCUCUGGUCUCCACAGGCGGGGACGACGCCGUGGUCAAGUUCGAGGUCGGGGUGCAUGAGUGUGGCAGCAGCGUGCAGGUGACAAACGAUGCCCUGGUGUAUAGCACCUUCCUGCUCCACAAGCCCCGGCCUGUGGGAAACCUGUCCAUCGUGAGGACCAACCGUGCAGAGGUUCCCAUCGAGUGUCACUACCCCAGGCAAGGUAAUGUGAGCAGCCGGGCGAUCCUGCCCACCUGGGUGCCCUUCAGGACCACGGUGUCCUCCGAGGAGAAGCUGGUGUUUUCCCUGCGCCUGAUGGAGGAGAACUGGAGCACGGAGAAGACGUCUCCCACCUUCUUCCUGGGAGAGGCAGCCCACCUGCAGGCAGAGGUCCGCACUGGCAGUCACCUGCCGCUGCGGCUCUUUGUGGACUACUGUGUGGCCACACCAACGCUAGACCAGGACGCGUCCCCUCGUCACACCAUUGUGGACUUCCACGGCUGCCUCGUGGACGGGCUGUCUGACAGCUCCUCUGCGUUCCAAGGCCCCAGGCCCAGGCCAGACAUACUCCGGUUCACAGUGGACGUGUUCCACUUCGCUAACGACUCCAGAAACACGGUAUACAUCACCUGUCAUCUGAAGGUUACUCCAGCCAACCAGGCCCCAGACCAACUCAACAAAGCCUGCUCCUACAGCAAGUCCUCCAGUAGCUGGACACCAGUAGAAGGUGCUGCUGACAUCUGUAAGUGCUGUGACAAGGGCAACUGUGGCGGUCCAGGCUAUUCCAGGAGGCAGGCCCCUGCACGGAGCCAGGAGAUCAGGUCUAUGUCACGGAAACGCAGGCACGUGACAGAAGAAGCGGAUGUUACCGUGGGACCACUGAUCUUCCUAGGAGAAGCUGGGGGCCACAGCGUGGAGGGCUGGACCUCUCCCGUGCAUCCCUCCAUGGCUCUGGGCUUGGGCCUGGCCGUGAUGGCGUUCCUCAGCCUGGCUGUGGUCCUGGGUCUCACCAAGAGGUGCCACAGUGCUUCCCAUUCCAUGUCCCUUUCCCAAUAAAAAGAGAA